CUACUCAACCGCCUCAAUACACGACCAGUUCGCGUCUGGGGAAAGGCGCGGGAGGAGAUGGAGGUGGAAUACGCAUUAGCAGUGAUGUGACGACCUGACGAGGGAGCGGACGAGUUUAGGAAGGAAGGAUCAUUCGAAGCAAAGAGAGAGUCGGAAGGCAUAUCAAGGCAGCCUCAAGUCAAGAAGGAGGAUAACUUAUCGAGGUGUUCUAUAAGUUACUACUGGAGAUGGGAAACCAGCCUAGCACCAACACCAGCAACUACAUCUACGAGUCAACAUCGUCAUAGCAACAUACGUAUGGAGGAGAAUAGUGGAGAGGGUUAGAACUUGGCAGUCAAUAAGAGACAGGAGGAGGAAGAGGAGGAAGGGAAGUCACCGCUCUGCAUCAGCAAAACAUCGCCCUCUGUCAAAAUGUAUCGUUCGGGUGCGGCAGAGAGGCGACCCUACGACCAAACGGAGGACAACGAUGUGUUCUACGACACUGUAGACAAUGACAACCCGGAUUGUGUGGUGGUGGGGGUGCGUCGCCCCCACUGCGACUCCCAGGGCGGUGACCCAACCCCGGUCCUGCCCCCUGAAAACGACCCAGCCCCACCCCAUGAAGAUGAUCCAGCCCUGACGUCACCCCAUGAUAAUGACCCAACUCCAGCCACGCCCCAUGGUGACCCAGCCCCGGCCCUGCUUCACAAAGAUGACCCAGCCCCGGCCCUGCUUCACAAAGAUGGCCCAGCCCCGGCCCUGACCCUGGCCCAUGAUGACCCAGCCCCGGCCCUGCCUCACAAAGAUGGCCCAGCCCCGACCCUGGCCCAUGAUGACCCAGCCCCGGCCCUGCCUCACAAAGAUGGCCCAGCCCCGACCCUGGCCCAUGAUGACCCAGCCCCGGCCCUGCCUCACACAGAUGGCCCAGCCCCGACCCUGGCCCAUGAUGACCCAGCCCCGGCCCUGCCUCACAAAGAUGGCCCAGCCCCGACCCUGGCCCAUGAUGACCCAGCCCCGGCCCUGCCUCACAAAGAUGGCCCAGCCCCGACCCUGGCCCAUGAUGACCCAGCCCCGGCCCUGACGCGCAAAGAUGGCCCAGCCCCAACCCUGGCCCAUGAUGACCCAGCCCCAAGCCUGCCUCAUAAAUAUGGCCCAUCACUAGCCCAGCUCCUGGCCCUGCCCCAUGAACCUGCCCCAGAUCCAGGCCUUUCUUAUAAAUAUGGCCCAUCACUGGCCCAUGAAGGUGCCCCAGCCCCUGGCCUGACUCAUAAAGAUGGCCCAUCACUGGCCCAGCUCCGUGAAGGUGCCCCAGCCCUGGCCCAGCAAGUGGAAGGCUACCAGAUGGAUACCAAGCCUCACAGGCUGGAGUGGAGUGACCUCACACCGAGGGCUAAGCCAGAGCUCAUCUCCAUGGAGUGGGAGUGUGAUGUGGAUGACCCUUUUGAGCAGGCCCUGGCCAAGAGAUAUCGACAAACCACUGCCAAAGCUGAAUCUCAGACAUCUACAAGCGAGGAUGACGAGGCCCAAGCUUUGUUGCAGUCCAUGAAGAAGCUGAAAACUGAUGGUGGCCAGCAUGACAGGAAGGCACAAGAAAAGCAUUACCAGGACAAGGAAAGGGAACAGGAUAAGGAGCAUUACACCAAGAUACUGCAGGAUACUCUACAUGACCAUGAAGGCAAGAGUGGCAGCAUUCAGCAUCAUACCAGUGAGGAAGAGAGCUAUGUCAGGACGAUGCAGCAUGAGAUGGAUAGGAAGGAUAAGGAAGAGAGAGAUGAGGUUACAAGAACACUGCAACAUUACCCUGAUGAAGAGAGAGAUGAGGUUAGGAGAACACUUGAGGAUUAUAAAAAAGAGAGAGAUGAGGUUAGGAGAACGCUGCAGAAUUAUGGAGACAAAGAGAAAGAGGUCACAAGAACACUGCAGAAUUAUAAAGACGAAGAGAACAAUGAGGUCAAGAGAACACUGCAACAUUAUGGAGAUGAAGAGAAAGAUGAGGUCAAGAGAACACUGCAACAUUAUGGAGAUGAAGAGAAAGAUGAGGUCAAGAGAACACUGCAACAUUAUGGAGAUGAAGAGAAAGAUGAGGUCAAGAGAACACUGCAACAUUAUGGAUACGAAGAGAAAGAUGAGGUCAAGAGAACACUGCAACAUUAUGGAGAUGAAGAGAAAGAUGAGGUCAAGAGAACACUGCAACAUUAUGGAGAUGAAGAGAAAGAUGAGGUCAAGAGAACACUGCAACAUUAUGGAGAUGAAGAGAAAGAUGAGGUCAAGAGAACACUGCAACAUUAUGGAGAUGAAGAGAGAGAAGAGGUCAAGAGAACACUGCAACAUUAUGGAGAUGAAGAGAAAGAUGAGGUCAAGAGAACACUGCAACAUUAUGGAUACGAAGAGAGAGAAGAGGUCAAAAGAACACUGCAGGAUUAUCAAGACGAAGAGAAUGAUGAGAAUGAGAGAAUAUGGCAGCAAUAUCACAGUGAAGAGAAAGAUGAGGCUGAGAGAGCACAGCAUCCUAACAAAGAGAAAAAUCCGAUUGGCAGACUCCAUCAGCAUCACAUUGACGAAGAUGAAGAUGGCACAGCACUUCACCGCAAUGCUGAGUAUAAUGCUGCUGAGAAAGGGAACGAAGAUGCCGCAAAACAACUCCUCGAUGCUGAAGAAAACGAAGGCAGAGACAACAGUACACUACAGAAUGCUACAGAUGAGGAAGAGCAGAUGGACACUGAUGAGGAUAAGAAGGAAGAGGAAAUGAGUCAGUUACGUCUUACUCUUGAGGGUCAGGACAGCAGCAUGAGCACCAGGGACCAAGAUAACCAGCAGCCUCAGGUCCAGGACAAGGCUGCCAGGAGUGCACAAGGAGGCCACCGCUCCCGGGAAUCCUCCAGUGACAACAGACGCCCCUGGAGGAACCAACACAGCAGUGGAGAGGACAGUAACUAUGGAUCACCUUCCAGACAUCAGUACUCAUGGUCACACAGGAGUAUUCCACAGCAAUCAAGAAGCCCAUGGACUCAGAGACAGGGGCAGUACUACAACUCUGGCCAUUAUUACAAGAACAGCGACAACAGCCAUUACUCCGGUGCCUUGAAUGAUGGGUUUCCCAGCAACACGGAGGAUGCCAGUGGCGCCUUGACACCUGAGGAUCUGGCCCAGGUUUUGGUAGAGUGCUCCUCCUUCCGUUCCACAUUCAGUAAUCUCUUUGAAUACAAUUUCUUUGGUCGAGAGUCAGUGCAGCAGGUGGCAGCAGCUCACACACAAGUCUUCCACCUGGACAGGAUCGGGGUGCAGCUUCAGCCACAAAUAAAAUUGUGCCAAGCCUACCCAUCACCCAAAGGUUGUAUUCAGGGCCUAACCUGCCAGGAUCUGCAUUUGUGCAACACCUACAUCUCUGGCUGGUGCCUAGAGAAACCCUGUUCUCUGGGUCACUCACUGUUUACAAACCACAACAAAGCCAUCUUUGAAAAAUUCUGCCUUGGAAACCUGCCUCCACAUCGCCUGAAAAAGCUGUUACAUCACCUCGUCAGCACUGCAGCUCCUGCCUCAAGCCGCCUGGAUGUGUGCCAGGCCUACAAUAGGGGCGGGUGUGACAGAGCUGACUGCCAGGCUCUGCACCUUUGUCUGAGUUUUGUGGUGGGUCGGGGCAGAUGUGGACGGUCAAACUGUUUGUUAAACCAUAACCCCAACACCUCAGACUGCUGCAGGCUGCUCACUGCCCAUGGAAUAUCAGUCAAUGAAACCAUCAUGGACAUCAUUGUGGCCCUGCUGAGUGCCAACCCUGCCCUGGCUACUGCCACUAUGCCCUCCACUCCUGCAAGGACACCAAACACCCAGGCUGAUGUCACUGUGCCCUCCACUGCUGCAAGGCCACCAAACAUCUGGGGCAGUGAUGGGGGUGCAGUAUUCAAGAAACCAAGUACCUUCUUUGAUAAGGUGAAACAAAAGUUUGGACUAAAUGACAAUUCAUCCACCAACAACACACGUCAAGAAAGCCAUUCACAGAGAAGCAGAGGGUCAGCAGCCCACUACCAGUCAGACGACUCUGAGGACACCACAGAGGCAGGGGCAGUGGGAGGCCAAAAGCCAACCAAGAGUAGCAAUGGCAAUGUUCCAAAGAGACAUGUGGGGAAGCACUCCUCCAGUGACAGGAGUCCCCCAGACAGAACAGGGGGCAUCCAGCGAACAGUGUGGGCCUAUCACCGGCAAGGCAAUGUUAGGCUCAGCGAGAUCUGCCGCUUCUCAUUAGAAAAGGUGUGUCGGAAGGAAGACGAGGGUUGCCCAAGGCUGCAUUCAUCACGGCCCUUCCACUGGCAGGUGUCUGAUGGCAAGGGGCAGCACUCAUGGCUAAAUAUUCCUGGGACCAUUGUUUCCUGUCUAGAGUCAGCUUUUUGUGACCCAGCCAAAAAUGGGUUGAGGCUGCCACCCUUGAGCCAAGCCCAACUCCGUCAUUUGGAAAACGUCCUGGACCAGGACUCCUGGUAUGCCAACUUUGAGGCCAUGGUGCUGACCAACUUGGAUUGCUCAAAGGUGGUGGCAGUGCGUCGCCUCUGUGUGCAGGACGGUGCACCUGCUCCAUACAGCAAGUCCCGCACAUUGAACUGGUACUUCUGCGACAUAAAUGGCAAGUGGAUAAAGUAUGGACAGGCAGACACCACUGGCCAGGCAGGCCGUGCAAGCAACCUCACCUCAGCAGAUAUUGAGAACCACUACCUGGCCAGCCCCAGCAAGCCCCUCUCCUUUAAAGUUGCACAGCAGAGGUACCACAUCAACUUUGAUGCCAUGACACAAAUCAAUGAGGCCACCAAAGUGCAUCGGGCAGUGCGGCGCCGUCCUCAACUGUACGUCGAUGCCUCAGCCCAGAAGACACCUACAGGCACUGGGGCCACCAGCUCAAUGCAUAAAAAGAAACAGUAAGAGGAGAAGGCGAGGAGACACACUGGCCACUACAUCCAGGGCCUUUACCACAAGAUGCUGGGCCAAGGCAGGCUCUGGGAUAAAGGAGGGUCAAGAGAAAGGCACAGUGUGUGCUGUUCAGUGCAUCAUGAAUAAAUGAGAGGAGAUUUUCCUUGAUACUCUGGCUAGCUUGCGGAUAUGCAUUACUGAUAUACCCCGAAUUCAGACGCACCAUCCUAGUUAGUACUCAUCACAGAAGUAAGACGUCGGGAGAAUCGAGGAAGAAUAUGGAAGUAAAAAUUAAGCUGGGGUAUAAAAGCAAAAAUUAAGCCAGUGCUAUAAUAACAUAGUACAUCAGAUUAAAUGUAAUAAUUAUAGAAAUUCUGCUAUAGACCCAAUGUCUGCUUAUUAGAGUGUAGCAUGUGGAUCUGAGGGAAUAUCACCCAGGCACAUUUUUUUGCAUUGUAUCCUCUACUAUUCUCAUAUAACCAUCUGUUUCUUAUGUCACUAUCAAAGGAUGAAUUGUUCUAUAUUUUUUUUUUCCUGUGAAUCCUUCCUGUCCAGUAACUAGUCAUAUAUUUAACCAUCGUUUUCUCACUAACUAAGGAUUAAUUGUAUUGUAAUGCUUUAUGAGAAUGACUGGUAUCAAGUAACUAGUCAUGUGUAUUUUGAAGAAUAAACAUUUACAGGCAU